AAAAGUAUUUUCUUAAUUACAAAAAAGGGAUAUAAUAACACAUUAGCGUAAAAUAGCAUACAUUUCAAUUUCUAACUAAUACUAUCUUUACCUUUACCUUUGCGUUUCCAUUCUUCCUUCUCCCUUUUCUGGCUCUCUUUGAACUCCUUGAGUUCUCUAGCUUGCUUCCUUUUGAGAUCCUCUUCGCUGCCAUCUCGGUUGCUGUUGUCUAAAGAAGAGGAGGAAGAGGAAGGAGAAGAGCUCUCUCUCUGCUUCUGUUUCUGCUUAUUUUUAUGAUGUUUGACGCCAGCGCCUACGGCAACGGCCGGUAAAGAGAGUACACCACCGAUGGCGGCUGUUGUAAGUCCGAGAGUGGUGCCCACGGUAGCGCUAGUCAAACUGAGCGCACUACCGAUCAAACCAGCUUCUUGAGGUGUUCGCAGACGAGAUACAAAGUUGUCUUUCACGGAAUUUCCUAGAGCACUCCUAAAACCCACGUCCCCUGUGCUGCUCUGACUGUUGUUCGGCUGCGAAGUGGAUGGACCAGCGUAUUGCUCGUAUUCCGGUGGCGGUGUCUGACUUCUUUCGGGGAUGCUCUCGACCUCCUUCUUCUCCAUAGUGGGUGUAGUAAAGCAAUGAAAGCUGUGUAGAUUGAUAAGCGGCAAAAUGUCUCAUUUUAUUGGCUAUCUAAAUACGAAGCUGAGGGAGAGAGUGGCGAGCGACGCAUUAAAUAGUCUAGAAACUUAUCGUUACUAUACGCUCUCUUAUAAUUUAGAAUAAAAAAAAUAAAAAUUGCCCUCUGAUAUAAGCAUUCGUGAUCGAUCCUUGAUUUCCUACGAUCAUCGGUGAAUUCUUGAGUAGGACAGAAAAAAAUGCCAGGUUCACUCAACCCACCAAUCAGUUCAGAAGGUCCAUCAGCUAUUGCCCAACCGAUUAGUCAACAACGCGACAAGUUCGAAAAGAUGCCAUCAAUCGUCGAUUCAGGUAUCGGUACACCAGUUUCAUCUGAGCAGUCACUUUCUCCUCAGAAUUCAAACAAAGCUGGUCAAUCCAUCUUAAAAUCAGCUUUAAACGCAGUAGAAUACAACGUUUCAGCCAACAGCAACAGUAUCUUCCUCUACGAUUCAGCUAGAUACGACGGUUUCGGUCAGGACCUCUCGGACGAUAGAGUGCAAUUAAUGCAGGAUAGACCAGGCUCAGGUGCAGCAGUGUCCGGUUACUCAAGAGCCAGCCAGGUUGCCACCAUCUCAGUCUUGAUCAACAGUCAAUCUUUGAAAAACUUCAUUCCAACUCUCAAGACAUACAAAGAAAAGUCAAAGUUGGUCUUGCAAGUGAACACUUAUGAAAGAGACUCUGAGCUUAACCUCAAGAGUGGCUUCACUUCAAUCCUUGAUGCUGCUAAUCAACUUGAGAACUACACAAUUUUGUUAUCAGCUACAGCUCAAGACAUUGUCAACAACUCUCAACUCGCUUACGAGAUUCCUGGAAAUGUCAUUCAUGCUUUCGAUGGUAUUUAUGCAGCCAGAGAGAAAUCAGCGCUUGAUCAAGUCAAACCACCAAGCACUGCUGUUACUUUCCACAGCGCAUCACCAGUCACAAAGGCAUUGGUUGUUCCAGCUUCUGACAUUUCAAACGCCUUACUCAGUAGUUUAGACAGCUCAUACGGUUUGGUCGUCAUUCACAAGCUUCGUCCACUCAGUAUGAAAGCUCUUAGCGACAGUAUCCCAUCGUCAAUUGAGAAUCUUUUGGUUUACAAUGAAGAGAAAGCUCAAGGCGUUUUACUUAACGAUGUCGUCUCUGCUGUUUUCAAUGCUCAACGUAAGAUCAAGGUUAAUGCAUUCAGUGAUAUCACUCCGUUUUUGAGUUCACAAGAAGCUACAUCAAAGUCUUGCGUAUUUGUUGAACAGCCUGAUCAAGUUAGUGCUGAUUUGGUUGGCUCAUUAUUCUCUCAAAACAAGCAACUCUCAACUAAAAUUCAAACAGCUUAUGAUCAUUUCAUUGGCCAAACUGGAUUAGCUUUGUCACACAUUAAAAUUGGCAAAGAAGUACAGGAGUCUGCUUUAACUUUACCAACGGAGUCUUCAGUUGACUUCCUCAACGUUAAUAUUUCUUCAUUGAAGGCAACAAACGUUUUCGAAUAUGUUAAGAAAGGUGGUAUCGUCUUGCUCGAUGGUCCACUUCAAUCACCUGAGGAAGUGCCAGCUAAAUUGCCGUAUGCUGACAAGAAGACAAUCAUUGAGAAGGGUAUCAGAGUUUGGGCUGUUGAUUCAGCCGCAAUUUCAGAAGAGCACCAAUCAGUUGCAACUUUGAUAGCAUUCUUAUUGUUAUUCACAUCCUCUGUACCAAGAUUACCAGAAUCUAUCAAGAGUCUCGUUAGAGCCUUCCUUCCAGACGUUACUAAUCUUGAUUCAAUCAUCGAAAACACCGAGGAAUCACUUUAUGAAGCCAUUGUCGAUGAAUCAUCAUGGUUAGCUCUUCAACCAGGCAAAGAAAUCAAGCCAGACAACAGAUUAGUCGGUAUCAGCUUCAACGGACUUUCUCAGACUGCCGUCGGCACGAAAGAGGAACAACUUAAUGACAAGGUUAAAGCAAUCAAGGGUAGCUGGGUUGAACCAGCCUGGCAAUUACUCUUCAAUGAGUCUUUCACUACUGGUGAAGACGUUUAUGAGAGACCGUUGGCAACUCUCAAGCCGUCCCUUCCAGAAGACACCUACUUAGUUACAGUCAAAGAAACACGCAGAUUAACUCCAGAUGACUACGACAGAAAUGUCUUCCACAUCUCAUUUGACACCAAUGGCACCGAUUUGAAGUACGAAAUUGGUGAAGCUUUAGGUGUAUACGGACACAACGACAUCAAUGAAGUCAAGGACUUCCUUAGUUGGUAUGGCUUACCAGAGAAUGGUGUUAUCAACGUCCAACAUGACAAUGGAAAGGUUGAAACAAGAUCCGUCUUACAAGUUUUCCAACAAGAUAUAGACAUUUUCGGUAAACCACCAAAAUCAUUCCUUGCUUCACUUGAAGAGUACGCUACUAGCAGAGAGGAGCAACGCGCAUUGAGGUUCAUUAGCUCAGCAGAAGGAUCAUCUACAUUCAAGAAGUUGUCUGAAAUUGAUACACUUACAUAUGCAGAUGUUCUCAGAAAGUUCCCAACUGCUAAGCCACCAGUAGAAGAACUCAUCCACCUCAUCGGUGAAAUUCAUCCAAGGCAUUACUCUAUUGCUUCAGCGAACGCCGUCGUUGGUAACCAAGUAGACCUUCUCAUCGUUACUGUUGAAUGGGCAACACCAUCAGGAUCACCACGUUACGGUCAAUGUACUCGUUAUCUCGCAGGUUUGGAAGUUGGAACAAAGGUUGCAGUAUCUAUCAAACCAUCAGUUAUGAAACUUCCAGAAAGAGAUGAUGCACCAAUUAUUAUGGCUGGUUUGGGUACUGGUGCUGCACCAUUCAGAGCCUUCAUUCAAUACCGUGCAUGGCAACGCGAGCAAGGUAUUGAUGUUGGUCCACUCGUUUACUACUUUGGUAGCAGAUACAGAUCAGCUGAGUAUCUUUACGGAGAAGAACUCGAAGCCUACCUUUCCGCUGGUGUACUUACCCACAUGGGUCUUGCAUUCUCACGUGAUGGUAAAGGAAAGGUGUACAUCCAACACAAGAUGAUGGAAGAUAAGAAGAUUCUUCACAAGAUGCUUUCAAGGAAAUCGGAAGGUGGUGAUGAAGGUUCAUUCUUCCUUUGUGGUCCAACAUGGCCAGUUCCAGAUGUCUAUGAAGCCCUUUGUGGAAGUUACAUUGAGGCUGGUGGAAAGACACGCGAGGAUGCAGAGAACUCCAUUGAAGAUAUGAAGGAAGAUGAGAGAUACGUUCUCGAAGUCUACUAGGUUUUAUUAUUUGGUUUUAGAGAAUAUACAUGCUUUUUAUGUUAACAAUUUACCCAAUCCGAUUGAGAGUAAUGAUGCGAGAACGAUUCCAACGCCAUCACUUAGACUUACCAAUCCAAUAGCGUAUUCGCGAGUGUGUGCAGCUGCAUUUUUAUAUUCCGUGCUGGUAUGGUGGAAGACAUUGACGUAGCUUAAACCUCCCAUGAGUCCUUCGACUAGGAUAAUUGUACAUACUACAUAGUAUCCGAUCUGCUUAACUACUGAUUCAAUAAGCAGAAGUAGAAAAAUACAACCUUGUAUCACGCUUGGUAGGGCUAAUUGUUUUCGAGAAAGGUGACCAACGUUGAAUAAAUGAGAAGAGCGACUGAGGAACACGCCAAUUUGGUAUAAAAGUUGAUAAACGGGGUAGGUAUCACGAUUUGUUCUGUUAUCGUAGCUGAGUGCUGGUGCAACACCCUGGUUGAUGGAAUAUUCAAAGAGAUAAACGGUAAACAAAGGCAACAUAUAAGGGCGUAGGAGAUCCUUUCCUACCUCCUUCUUCUCUUCUAUUGAUAAACGAUUGAAGGUGCCAUCCUCGGUAUCGUCAUUCGAUGGUGCUUGGGGAAGCAUAAAGAAGUAAGUAAUUAGCUGUAAAGUUGGGAAAGUUGCGCUAAGUAGCAAACCCUCGACUACACCCAUCUUACGUAGUAUGAGCCAAGCACUGCUACCGAUAACUCCAGCGAGACCAGUACCUGAGGCGUAAUAAGCUAGUGCCCGAUAUUGAGCAGCUAAUUGUAGGAAUGUCAUAUCACCUACACCUGAACUUGCUGUACUUGUCAGAGCGAUACCGAUCAAUUUAAGUGGUACAGUAGACGAUAAUGCUACUAUGAGCAUACCAAUUGAUGUAGUUAUUGAAAUAAAUAAAACACGCUUUCCAAAUUUUGCUUUCGUGCUAUUCAAAUAUGGCACUAAAAUCUUGACGAUCAAGCUCGGUAGAAUGUUUGCGAGAGCGGUCAAACCCGGAGUUGUAUUCAUAUCUAACGCAGCUGACAAUAUUAUGACAUAGACUAAAUUGUUUAUCAAACCAAAUAUGGC